AGGUCUUUCAUGAACUGAUGUAUUUUACAUUGCUGAGCUCCGCCCCUUUAUGUCACAUGACAUUAUCACAUGUCCUUUACUAGCGUAUACAUUCUGCGCUGCUGAGCUCCGCCCCUUUCUGCUCGGGUCACAUGAUGAUGACGUCACCGCAGGUCCUUCCGCUCUCUGUACACAUGGAGAAGCUGUCCCCGGCCGCCAUGAUGGAGGCUCCCCUCCCAGGUAACAGGAGCUGUGGACGGGUCUGCUCCGGGCGGACACUGCUGGUUGUGCGGGGAGGUUCCUGACGGCUCCGCCCCUCACGUGACUUGACGUUAUCACAGGUCAUUUACUUCUUCCCCUGUGCAAAGCUGAGCUCCACCCCUGCUCUGGUCACAUGAAAGUGACGUCACCGCAGGUCCUGUACCACCACCUGUCUGCUCUGCUGAGCUCCGCCCCUUCCUGCUCUGGUCACAUGAUGAUGACGUCACCGCAGGUCCUUCCGCUCUCUGUCUCCAUGGAGAAGCUGCCCCCGGCCGCCAUGAUGGAGGCUCCCCUCCCAGGUUCUGACUCCAGGAGGAGAAGUCCCCCCGAGAGAUGUCCCCGUCCUCUGUAUUCCCAGGACUGUCCAGAGGAGAAGCUCCCAGAGAACCAUCAGGAUGAAAAUCUGAUGGAUAUUAAGGCUGAGGUUAAAGAUGAAGCAGAAGAGGAGACGGAUUUAUGGGGCGAUCAGCAGGAAAAUCCCUGUGAGAAGCCUGAAGGAAACAUUGUCUUAUCUCUAGAUUAUAAAGAAGAUGAAGAUACCAGGCAGCGCUCUUCAGAAGAAAACUUCAUUACUUGUACUGUACAUCCAGGACUUCACAAUGCAGAGCCAUCAAAUAAUUCCCCCAAGAAUGAGGAACUUUCUAAUGACCAAUCACAGAUUAUCAACCCAAGUCCAAAUCUAUCAUAUAAUCAUCCUAAACAUGAGGAAUCUUCUACUGAUCAAUCACAGAUUAUUACUCCAAAUAUAAGGCAGAAACAGGGUAAAAUGUUUAAUUGUGAGGAACGUGGAAAACAGUUCAGAUAUAAGUCAGAGCUUUCUGUACACAGAAGUCGUCACAAAGGAGAGAAGCCGUAUUCAUGUUCAGAGUGUGGGAAAUGUUUUGCCAAGAAAUCAUAUCUUGAUCGUCAUAAAAUAAUUCACACAGAAGAGAAGCCAUAUUCAUGUUCAGAAUGUGGAAAAUGUUUCAUAGAAAAAAAAGGUCUUGCUAAACAUCUCAGAAUUCACACAGGAGAGAAGCCAUAUUUAUGUUCAGUGUGUGGUAAAU